AUGUCCGGUUCAAGCGACUACACCAUCGGUUGGAUAUGUGCUCUCCAAAUCGAAUAUCUUGCGGCACAGCUCUGUCUUGACGAGGAGCACGACAAUGUCUCUAUCAAUGCCUCUGCAGCCGAUAAUAAUGACUACACACUCGGAAAGAUUGGAAAGCACAAUGUUGUUCUAGCCGUCCUGCCCAAAGGAGAAUAUGGCACAACAUCUGCUGCAUCGGUUGCGAAAGAUAUGUUGCACACCUUUCCCAAUGUUCGCGUUGGCUUGAUGGUGGGCAUCGGCGGUGGUGUGCCGACAAAGCAUGAUAUUCGGCUUGGAGAUGUCGUGGUGAGCACGCCCAAGGACGGUAGCAGCGGUGUAUAUCACUAUGACUUUGGUAAGACGAUUCAAGGUCGGAGCUUUGUGAAUACCGGUGUUCUCAACCAGCCUCCUUCCGCGUUACGUGCUGCAUUACAGGGCCUGGAAACGCAGUAUGAACGCAAAGGGAGCCGGAUCGAAGAAAGAAUAAAUGAAAUCCUGGCCAAGGAGAGGGUGCUGCUGCAACGGAAGUACAGCAAGCCUGACUUGGCUACUGAUAAGCUGUUCAAGUCUGACCUCAUCCAUGACGAUAUCUGUGGAAAGGACGCCCAAUGCGUCCACAACGAGGACAACUUGGUCUUUCGACGAGUGAGGGCCGACUUCGAGGACAACCCAGCCAUUCACUACGGAACUAUUGCAUCCGGCAACAGGUUGAUCAAAGACGCUAUCGUUCGUGACAAGCUUGCAAAGGAGAAGGAUGUCCUUUGCUUUGAAAUGGAAGCCGCAGGAUUAAGCCAUUUCCCUUGCUUGGUCAUCCGUGGCAUCUGCGAUUACUCGGAUAGUCACAAGAACAAGCAGUGGCAGAGGUACGCUGCUCUAACCGCUGCGUUAUAUGCGAAGGACCUCGUCAGCCGGAUGUCUUCCAGUAGAGUUCACUCAGAAGAGAGAAUUGUGGAGCUUCUAUCUUCUAUUGGUGAAACCGUAUCGAGAACAGAAAAACAAGUAUCCAACGUAGAGUUUAAAUUGGAAAAGCAGGAGGGCCUCCAGAUUCGUCACUGGCUCUCCAACUUUGACGACGGGCUCCAGCUCGCAGGUGUUCUUGAUAGGAGAACCCCAGAGACUGGCCAAUGGUUCCUGAAGUCGCCAGAAUUUCGAUCUUGGUUGGAAGGAACGCACCAGACGUUGUUCUGUCCUGGAAUCCCUGGAGCCGGCAAAACGAUCAUUGCCUCCAUCGUCCUCGAUUAUCUGCAUAGUACCAUCUCAAACGCGAGCAACGUGGGUGUUGCCUUUGCUUUCCUGAAUCACGAGGAGCCGUUGUCAUCUACAGACCUUCUCUCGCGCCUACUGAAACAACUUAUUCCCGGCUCGGUUCCCCCCCUGGUGGUAGAUCUCUACAAAUCCCACCAUCGUACCCGCCCUUCUUCGGGUAAAAUCUUCACUACAUUGUGCAGUCUCACGGCCAGCUAUUCAAAGACGUUUAUUGUCAUUGACGCACUGGAUGAAAGCCCAGUUCCCAACCGGCAGGAAAUCCUUGCAGGCUUGUUCAAGAUUCAGGACACCGUAGGGGCGAAUCUUCUCGCAACUGGGAGGUCCAUCUCCGAGAUUGUUCAAGCUUUCCAGCAAAGGCAGAGCACGUUUUACGAAAUACGUGCCAGAGAUGAUGACGUACACCGAUUUAUCACGAAUCAACUCCAGACGUUUGAAGGUUGCAUUUCAGAAACACCAAAUUUAAAGAAGCAGGUAACAGAUACUAUAACCAAAGCCACCGAUGGAAUGUUUCUAUUGGCGCACCUACAUCUCGAAGCUUUGCGAGGCCAACCGAGAAUUGGGGCGAUAGAAAAUGCAUUGCAAAACCUGCCCACAGGGUCAAUGGCCUACCAUGAGGCGUAUGAUAAUAUCAUGGUUAGGAUCAAUAAGCAGUCUACACAACGUCAGAAUCUCGCCAUCGAAGUGCUCUCGUGGAUCACUCAAUCAAAAAGACCCCUCCGACUUGCAGAAUUACAACACGCUCUAGCUGUUACAGAUGAACCAUUGGACAUUGACGAGGAGAACAUUCCUUCCAACCGGGAGAUAGUACUUGCAUGCGUUGGACUUGUCACCAUUGACCAAGCCCGCGAUACCGUCCGAUUAGUCCAUUACACGACGACAGAGUACUUCCAGAAACGAUGGACGUCCUGGUUCCCUGACGCCAACGCAUACAUAGCCACGGUGUGCAUCAACUACUUAAACUUCGAAAGAUUCUGCACUCCGACUGCUGGUAACUGGCUGGAAUACGAUGCGCGACGUCGGAUUAACUGUCUUUACGAAUACGCAGCUGUUUAUUGGGGCGACCAUGCAAGGGAAGCAUACCCUCAAGUCAGGUCUUUAGUCGCAGAAUUACUGCGAUCCGGACGUAAACUACUUAAUGCUGCCCAUACUCUAGACAUAUCAGCAGAGGCGUCCGGGUCUUUUCGUGGACCGUGUGGUCUAAAUGGGUUACAUGUUGCGUCUUAUUUUGGGCUCAGCGACCAGAUCCAGGAGCUCAUUCAAGAUGGACAGAACCCGAAAGCGUUAGACAGUUGUGGAAGGUCUGCUCUACAUUGGGCCGCCAAGAGUGGGCAGAGACAGGUAGUGGAACACCUGGCACGCCAGGGGCUCGAUGUGAAUGCGCUAGACAAUAAAAUGGAGAGCCCAUUGCACUACUCCGCUCGUCAAGGCAAUAGACCCCUGGUAGAACUUCUGAUCCAUUUAGGGUCACAGGUUGAGACUAGAAAUAGUGAUGGUGAAACUGCUCUGCUGGUUUCUGCUAGCAUUGAGGAUAUAGGUGGCCUGGAGGGCCUUCUUACAAAUGGGGCUGACCCAAAUGCAACGGAUAAGAUAGGUCGAAGCGCAUUGCAUCUAGCCAUAACUGCGCGCAAUGGGUCCCAUGCGGCCGUGAAAUUACUGCUGUCAUAUGGUGUUGACUUCGAUUUGUGUGAUACAGACAACAUGACGCCCCUCCACUACGCGGUUGCUGAAGGAAAUAAUGAAAUCAUCGAUUGGCUACUGGAAGCAGGAGCCAACAUCAAUUUAGGGGUACAAAGGAAGAAAUGCUCUAGCAACGCACAGUCGAUGAGUACCAAGGAACCUGCGUCAGUCGCACGGACACGAGAUAUCGGAGAUGGUAUCGGCCUCACACCACUACACUUUGCGGCCUGCAGUGGCCAUAGUAGAAUGACGAGGUACCUCCUAGAGAAAGGGGCUAAGCCAAACGCUUGCUGCUGCUAUGGAGAAACACCACUGCACAUUGCCAUCCGGGAAGGACUGUUCAAUCCACGGGGUAAGGGGACAAGUGCUCCUCCGUAUCCACUGGUUUGCAAUGACCCAUGGACAGAUAGCAGGUGGAAUAUCAAUGGGGUCUAUGAUAUCAUCGAUGACUACGAAUCAGACGAAGCGGUUGAGAUCAACACAUACGUCGAGGAAGAACGGCUGGCGGUAGUCAAUGCUCUGCUCGAGAAUCGCGAAACUGACGUGAAUAUCCAAAACACCCACCUCGACUCCCCCCUGCAUCUAUUAAAAUAUAACCACCAUACCUCGGCCGUCGUUUUUGGGAAAUUGCUUGACCGGGGCGCUGAUAUCUUCUCUUGUAAUGACAAGGGCCAAACAGCUUUGCACUUUGCCUGCAAGGCAGGUGCACUUUCUAUAGUGAAGGUCUUGCUGGGUAGGGGCUGCUCUAUCAGUACUCCAGACCAUGAUGGUCUCAGUGCAUUGCACUUUGCUGUCCGCAGUGGUCAAUUUGGGACGGUCAAAUCAAUAUUCAGAAUGGAAGAGGAACAGGCUAGAACGUACUGCCUUGACGUCGAUGCUAAAGGUCGAACCCUACUCCACCAUCUCUUGCAAGAUGAUCUCAGUCACAUGGAGAUGGCUGGCCUCUUACUGGCAUACAGUGGCAGUCCGAGCUGCACUGACAAUGAUGGACAUAGUCCUUUGAGCACCUACCUUGGAACAUUCAAAUUUGGAAACCGAACAGCAAUUUGUCGAUUGCUAUUGCAACAUGGUGGUAAUCCUUACUGGACCAGCCCUGCCCAGCUAACCCUGGCUCAUCUGGCAGUACGCCAGUACAAGGCCGAAACAGGGGUCCUAGAGGCUCUGUCGGACUACGGCCUUGAUCUUUCCACUAAGGACGCCAGUGGAAAGGGUAUUCUGCAUCAUGGGGCUAUCGGUGGAUCAUUGAGUUCUGACAUGCUGAAUUUCCUCCACGAUAGGAACUUACUUGAUCCGUAUGAUCUGGAUGUAGGUGGCAAAACUCCACUUGACUACGCAUCCGAAAAGGCCCAAAAGGAGAGGCACCCAGAUUCAUUUUGUGCAUCGAGGUGGAACGAAUCACUGCAGGCUUUACGCGACUUCAUCGAGAUGAAAUGCUUGUAG